ACUGUUGUCUUUAAGGACACAAAUAGCCUAAAUAAUGUUUUCUUCUACUAAGGCUAAAUUGACAACGAAGUGAAGGGCAAAUAUCUUCACAAUCUAGCAAGUCGCUGCAAAGGACAAUGAACUGUGUGCGCGUUCACCGGGAGGGGAUUCUUGCAGGGGGCGGUUUUCGGCUCAAAAACUGUACAGAAUCUGAUCGGUGGAUGUGCUCCGUCUUUAUUCACUUUCCUAUUCACUUAACCUACCAGGUAGCAGGUUUGGUUCCGAUAAAUUUUGGAUGUAAGGGUUUCUGAUUAGGAUACACUUCUUGCAUUCUUGUUGGAGCCGAAAAACCAGAGUAGAAGUACAAGAACUCCACACGUCCCUAGCAAGAGCUGAGAAGAUACACAUGUUCGUCAAUUGCAGACAAGGUCCAACCAAAGCUAUCAGUUAUUGACACACCAAUGUAAAUAUGACUCUUCCCAUGAAGGCAGCUAUCAGAGGACCAGCAUAAUAUAUCACCAUCUUUUGAUGAGAGGAUAUAAGGCACUUAAGAUGGAAGAUUCAGACUUGUCUGAGACUAGAUGACCGUCUGGGUGUCUCUGGAUGUUGAGGAGAUCCUUGACUAUUGGAGAUUUGACCCUGUCAGCAGCCCUGGAGGUUUCAAUAGAGAAGCUGGAGAUCCAGAUACAGUUCUAGUCAGUAACAAGACAACAACAGCCAUGAUGAGGGAUGUUCUUGUGUUUCCUAUAGCCUCACCAAUAGAUUUCUCCAAUGGAGGAUGUGAGCCAAGAUACCUUCAGAGAAAACCUACAGGGACAAAAUGCAGUGCUUUCACAACCUUUCACAGUAUAUCCAAAGAACAGCAGCAUUCAAAGUUUAUUAAAAAGAUUGAAUUAGAUUUUUCUCAGUGUAAAAGUGAGAAUAAGUAUGAUUGUACUGCAAUGAAAGAGGAUCUUUUUUGGGCAUUUUAUUCUCAGUUUAAAUCAGACAUGAGUCAAGUUAAAACAAAUAUCCAGUUUAAAAAAGAGUCUUUCCCAAAUGCCAGUGUGGGUGUCAAAGCUGUCAAAGUUGAAUCUGAAAUAAAAGUUGAGGAUCCUAUUUGGGCGUGCUAUUUUGCUAAACAGGAAAAGGGGGUUCGUAAUGUUGAGGAACCUGUAGGUUUUCAGAUUGUGGCUACCAAGAGUCGAUCCAGAUCUGGUCCUGGCUUAUCAACUUCAAAGGAAAAUGCUGUUCAGCCGACUCUGACUGAGAGAUGUGAUCAAGAUAAAAAUGAUUACCCAAUCACACCUUCUGAGGUGUUAAAGACUCUACAGCAAAGUGGUAAAAACGCCACUGUGAACCAGAAUGUAAAACAGGGAACAGUGGAUGAGAAAAAUGAAGAUCCCAUAUGGGCUAAUUAUCAUAUGCAUGAAGGACGAAAAGAGUGGAAUCCAAAAUAUGAACAUUUGACACUUCUGCUUCCAUCACCAAUAGAAACGGAUCAGCCUUUAACCUCAGAGGAAAUGCUGUCAUUGAUUGGGAUUAGACAACCCAUCUGUAAAGUAGCAAUGCCUUCAUCCAUAGUAGAGUAUGAACAAACUAUGACCUCGGACACAGCAGGACCAUCUCAACCCAUUUCACACCAGUCCAGCAAAAAGCAAAUGCUUGAGAGAGAACCUGGUAGCCAUUCAGGCCUGGUUUCCCAAUCAAACACAUCCGAACCAUCAGUACCGAUGCCAGAUACAUGUAAAAGACAUCCAACCGCUCCAUCAAACAUUAACAAAAAAAGUCCUGCUGAUACAGUUUCAUACAUUUAUAAAUGUCUGUAAUGUGAUAUGUCAAAUGUUUCACAUCAGCAAGAUGAGGGGAAACAUCCAGCUAAUGCUGUAAAGGGAACGAUAAAAGAUAAAGACAAACCCUGUUGUUUGUAAAGCAUCAUAUGCAAUUCAUGCAAAGUUAAUGUAUCACAGAGAAAAGCACAUCAGUGGCUCAAAAUGCCCUGAGUGUGAUGAGCGUUUUGUGUCAGAAAAUAACUUACAACUUCAUAUGCCGACACAUUCUAAAGAAAAGCCUUUUUCUUGCAAGGAAUGUGGAAAAUCGUAUCGCCUCCCUGGUCAGUUUAAUGAACACAUAAAUAGUCGUCCCAGUAGUGAGAGGGACAUUUUCUGUCCAGGGUGUGGCAAGUGUUUUAGGGUCAAGACCUUUCUUGACAUUCACAUGAACAUGCACACAGGAAACAGACCAUAUCAGUGCACAGAUUGCAAGGCUUCCUUCAAAACCCCCUCAGCUCUGAAUGCACACAAGACUAUUCACACAGGUUAGAAGCCAUAUUCCUGCCCUCAGUGUGGCAUGUGUUUUCGUCUGAAAGACUUUCUUAAUAAACACCUGUCCACACACUCUGCCGGCAAAGGAACAGUGAAGAAGUCAGGGGAAAACCAAUCCAAGAGGAAGAAGGAGCAGUCAGACACUGAGGAGGACUCAGACUCCAUGUCAGACCCAGACUUUUCAUCUGACUCCACCCCUCAAACCCCCACCUCCAGACAGACCAGGAGUCAGAGGAAACCCAAACAGGUGGAGAACUGAAGGGGCUUGGAAGGCUGUUGUAACACUUUGUAACCUUAUAAUAUGUUUAUUUUUGU